AUGUCGGCUCAGGGCGGUUGCCUCAGUCUGAUCAAAUACUUCCUCUUCGUUUUCAACCUCUUCUUCUUCGUCCUGGGCAGCCUCAUCUUCUGUUUUGGCAUCUGGAUCCUCGUUGACAAGACCAGCUUCGUGUCCUUUGUGGGCUUGACCUUCAUAUCCCUGCAGAUCUGGUCCAAGCUCCUGGCCGUCUCUGGAAUCCUCACCAUGGCCCUUGCCCUCCUGGGCUGCGUCGGGGCCCUCAAGGAGCUCCGCUGCCUCCUGGGUUUGUACUUCGGGAUGCUGCUGUUCCUGUUUGCUACCCAGAUCACCGUGGGAAUCCUCAUCUCCACACAGAGAACCCUGCUGGAGCGAAAAGUGCAAGAAAUGGUGUUGGAGACUAUCCAAAACUACAGCGCCGACCCAGAAGAGACGGCGGCUGAGGAGAGCUGGGACUACGUGCAGUUCCAGCUGCGUUGCUGCGGCUGGAAUUCUCCACAGGACUGGUUCCAGGUCCCCAGCCUGAAAAGCAACGAGUCGGAUGAGUCCCGCGUGCCCUGCUCCUGCUACAACUCGUCGUCGACCAAUGACUCCGCAAUCUUCGAUAAGAUCUUCUUUCCCCAGCUCGGCCGGCUCGGGCCGCUGGCGCGUCCCAGACGCUAUACGGACUUCUGCUUGAUGCCUGCAAACAGACACAUCUACAGCGAGGGCUGCAAGCGGAGCCUCCAGAAAUGGCUGCACAACAACCUCAUCUCCAUAGUGGGCAUCUGUCUGGGCAUCGGUCUACUCGAGCUCGGCUUCAUGACGCUCUCGAUCUUCCUGUGCAGGAACCUGGACCACGUCUACGACCAGCUCGCGCAAUACCGCUAG